UGCAAAUAUUUAAAACUAGCAACACUGUGCUUCAUGUCAAAAAUAAAUGGACGUAUUUAUUUGGAAGGGAACCAACCUACACAACUAUAGUUUUGAGAUAAAGCACUUUUUGUUCAUAAGUUGUAUACAAAAAAUAUUAACGGCUUAUUUUUUUUAAGUUAGAUUGUCAAGUGCUGCAGUAUGGCAUUGUUUAUAUUGUUUUACUUAAACAAGCCUUGUAAAUGGAGUUUUAAGUAUAGUUUUCUCUUAAAAAGGCAAUGGUUCCUUUUAGCAAAAUUGGUUAAGUGAAGGUUGGUCCCUUAUUGAUUUAUAGGUAAUCUAAAAGGGUAUACAAAAAUAAUGCACAAUAAUGGCAAAUUUACUUUAUUCGUAAACAUAAACAAUCUCUAAACUUAUAUAAUAUCGCUUUCGUAAACUAUAUUCUUAGAAUUCUUUGGGGCCGGAGUCAACGGAGAGUACGGAGGUCCACUUUUUUCAGUUUCGGCGAUUACGUCGCUUUCGUAAACUAAGUAUAUUCUUAGAAUUAUUUGGAGCCGGAGUCAAUGGAGAGUACGGAGGAGGCUCUACACUUUUGUCAAAUCCAGUUUCGAUUUUCUCGACAACCGAUUCAGAUAUCUGCAGAUGGCCUGGGUUUGCGAAAAAACGUUAAUUCUGAAAAUGUGGCUUCUCAGUUGCAUAAAAAAACCUUGAAAACUGAAACAACUAAUGGUGCUGUGAGCCUAUUAACUCCUGUCCAAUUUAAAGAAUGUGUACAGCUCCCUUCAUACUCUGUGUUGACUCCUGCUUCAAAUACUUCUAAGUUACUCACCGAAACUGGAUUUGACAAAAGUGUAGAGCCUCCUCCGUACUCUCCAUUGUCUCCGGCUCCAAAUAAUUCUAAGAAUAUACAUACUUAG